GCCUCUACAAAGCAUGCAUAUACACUUCAAUUUCACGUGUCACAUGGACCCAUAUAUUUCCCACAAGGACAAAGUUAAUUUCUCAAAUGAAAUCUAAACCGGCCCUCCAGUCUCCCCACACAAAUCUGUAAGUAGAUAUGCAAUCCUUACAUUCUGACAAAGAUUGAAUUGAGAUCACAGUCCAGAAUUCAUGUGAGCAGAGACUUUUGGUAUGGGCAUACCCUUUCAUUGGAGGCAGAGAAAUAAGUGCAUACCCUCUUUUUUUUCCCUAAAAAUGGAUGGAUGAUCUUAAUAUGGCUGGUGAGAAAAAUUUUAAGAGAAUAUUUUUUAUCUUUGGUGAAAAAGGAGGGGGUUGUGGUUGCAACUAUUAGAAAAAAGUACAAAGAUUUGUGAAAUCUUUCUUUUCUUGUUACUUUUGUCUUCAACUUGGCAAAAUAUGAGAUGGCUUCUCUUAUAUAACUAAAGAGAAGAUCCACAAAAGGAGGAAUACAAAAGAAAAAUCCUAAAACUCUUCAACCCCAAGAAGCCAGUCUUCAUACGGAUUCUCAAAACAGAAAAUAGGUUGACUAAGCCACCCAAAUCAUACCCCCCCCCCCAAAUUCAAUUCUAUUCUGAACUUCAUUUCCCUGUCCCUUAUAUAAAUCAUCCUUCUGCUCUUGCUCUCAAGGAGAAACAAGCCAUCUUCCUCUUUUAAAUGUAAAAAUGAGAUAUCUACCCAUCAAUUCCCUCAGAGAUAACAACACGCUAUUUGUAAGAAGCUUCAUUAUAUUGUUACUUACCUGCAUAACUGUCAGAAUCAACCUUUGCUUUUCCAGCACCAAUAUCCCUUCUUCAUUAAGAUUGCUUUCCCUCGAUGGGCAUUUCAAUUUUGACGAUGUUGACCAUGCAGCCAGAGAUUUUGGCAAUAGGUUCCAAUUUCGUCCUUCAGCAGUACUCCAUCCGAAGUCGGUUUCUGAUAUCGCCAAUACCAUAAAGCAUAUAUGGCAAAUGGGUCCUCAUUCAGAGAUCAAAGUUGCAGCUAGAGGCCAUGGCCACUCACUUCAGGGCCAGUCACAAGCCCACAGAGGCAUCGUCAUCCACAUGGAGUCGCUCCAAGGCUCUAAAAUGCAGGUCCAUGCGGGAAAUCUUCCAUAUGUGGACGUCUCUGGUGGUGAGUUGUGGAUAAAUAUCCUGCAUGAGAGCCUGAAAUAUGGGCUAGCACCAAAAUCUUGGACUGAUUAUUUACAUUUAACCGUGGGUGGAACUUUGUCCAAUGCUGGGAUCAGUGGACAAGCAUUUCGCCACGGCCCCCAGAUAAGUAACGUCCAUCAGCUGGAAGUAGUUACAGGCAAAGGAGAAGUGAUAAAUUGUUCAGAAAAGAAGAAUGCCGACCUCUUUCACAGUGUUCUUGGAGGACUCAGUCAGUUUGGCAUCAUUACACGGGCAAGAAUAUCACUGGAACCAGCACCUGAGAUGGUCAAAUGGAUUAGAGUGCUCUACUUGGAUUUUGCCACAUUUGCAAGAGACCAGGAGCAUUUAAUAUCUGCUAAAAAAACAUUCGACUACAUAGAAGGAUUUGUAAUAAUAAACAGGACAGGUCUGCUGAAUAACUGGAGAUCAACCUUCAAUCCACAAGACCCAGUACAAGCUAGCCAGUUCAAGUCAGAUGGAAGAACCCUCUUCUGCUUAGAAUUGGCAAAAUACUUCAACCCAGAUAAGAAAGAUGCAGCAGAUGAGGAAGUUGAGGAUGCAUUGUCUCAGUUAGAAUAUAUUCCAUCAACACUUUUCCAAUCAGAAGUUGCAUACGUGGAUUUCUUGGACAGGGUUCAUGUGUCAGAGGUCAAACUACGGGCAAAAGGCUUGUGGGAAAUCCCACAUCCUUGGCUCAACCUCCUCAUCCCCAAAAGCAAAAUACACGACUUUGCUGAAGAAGUAUUUGGAAAAAUCCUCAUAGACACAAGCAAUGGCCCCAUCCUUAUCUACCCACUUAGCAAAUCAAAGUGGGACAACAGAACUUCUGUUGUUAUUCCAGAGGAAGAUGUCUUCUACUUAGUGGCCUUCCUUUCCUCUGCAGUGCCUUCUUCCACAGGAAACGAUCACCUGGAACACAUCUUAACUCAGAACAAAAGGAUUCUAGACUUUUGUGAAACAGCCAAUCUUGGCAUGAAGCAAUAUCUGCCCCACUACACUACACUUGAAGAAUGGAAAACUCACUUUGGCCCACAGUGGCAGGCUUUUGUCCAGAGGAAAUAUGCUUAUGACCCUUUGGCAAUUCUUGCUCCCGGCCAAAGAAUAUUUCACAAGACAGUACCCUUCUCUUGACACUAGCACUAUUCAUUUUACAAAAGGAAAUGGCUCCUAUUGCAUGCAUGGAGGUACCUUAGCGGCUUAGCCCUGAGGAUGGAAAUUGAUAGUCAUCAUACUCCAUCAACUGCCCUGUGCAAAUGGGGGGG